GGGGCGACGCGAGAGGCACACCUACCGGUAGUCGGGCGGGCUCAGCCUGACGGCGGCGGCGAGGGCGGUGUUUCCGGGCACGAUGCCGUCCGCCUUCUCAGUCACCUCCUUCCCCGACAGCAUUCCCGCCGUCAUCACGCAAAUAGACUGGACGGAGCCCUGGCUCCUCGGCCUGGUCGUCUUCCACGCGCUCUGCCUGCUGCUCACCUGUGUGUCCUCCCGGCGAUACGAACUGCAGGUCGGGCACUUCCUGUGCCUCGUCACCCUGGUCUAUUGUGCUGAGUACAUCAAUGAAGUGGCCGCCAUGAACUGGAGGUCAUUUUCGAAAUACCAGUAUUUCGAUUCGAGGGGGAUGUUCAUUUCACUGGUGUUUUCGGCGCCGUUGCUCCUCAACGCCAUGAUCAUUGUGAUCAUGUGGGUCCGGAAGACGCUGACUGUGAUGGCCGACCUCAAGGCCCUGCAGCAGAAGGUGAAGGAGAGGAGGACGAGGAGGAAGGAGGAGUAGUAGCCCAGCGGCCGCAGCGUUCCUGGAGCUGUCCCGUCGCCGUCUUGAGAACUAAGUGCUGGCGUGGCAGGCCCGUCCCAGCAGCCACCGUCGUUUGUAAAGAUGGUUUUCGGGGCCUUGGAGAUCAGCACAGUGGCCCUGCACAGACCGGACACUCGGGUCCUCACCAGCCCCUGGCAUGAAGCUAAGUGUCCACACGUCUCAGCCCCUCUCCACACGCUCCGGGGGGAUGGGGCCCCCGCGGUGCCAUCAGCCGCUGAGCGCCUGGGUGAUUGACAGCAGGUGCCCCUUCAGAACAGUGUCACUCACGUCACAAACUAGCAGAUUUGAAAUAAAAACCAACACAGCAGCCGCCCACGCUGUAGAACACACUCUCCCGUGUGUUCAAAACAAACACCCGUGGGCUGUGUCCUGGGCUGGAGCCUCCAGUUAAACUGAACAGAUAGCACUGAGCUAAGCAGUUCCCAGCGUGUCUGUGAUGGUCAGACUGAUUCACAGGCCUGGGCACCGUCACGUGUCCCCGCUUUCCCGGGUCCCCUGCUUCGCUCCCAGCGCAGUGUGGCCCCAGGCGUGGGACGCUGAGUGGUCACUGGCGGGGCGGGCGUCCUCCGUCAGCCCCCAGAUGACCUGACCCAAAUGACAGCAGUGCCGAGGCAGAAACGGGGACCUUGAUCGGGACCCUGGAAGCGAGGCCCUGACAGGACGCUACGUCUCAGCAUCCUGGACCCUUCCCGCGAGGCCGGCCCUGGGAACACCAGCUCUGUCCCGGGACGAAGCAGAACAGGGCUCCUUCGCUGCUCCUUUACGGUUCGAUUCCCGGUCAGGGCACAGGCCUAGUGGGGGGCGUGCAGGAGGCAGCCCAUCAAUGAUUCCCCCCCCCCUCUCUGAAAUCAAUAAAGAUAUGUUUUAAAAAAGAA